AGUUGUGUCUACCCUGAUUAUCAUGGGAUAUGUUUAUAGUUAGAUAUAAGAUUAUGUUUUACAAAAAAUGUAAUUUUUUAUAAAAUCAAAUAUUUUGAUAUCCGAACGCAAUUUUUAUUACCUGAAAUAAAUCAAAAUUACGGCAUUCUUCUAGAUUGGUAUGUCAACUCUAGAACAUAUUUUUCGAUUUUACCCAUUUUAUUUGAUUAGUUUAUAAUAGUUUUGCUUAUUUUCAUUGGGAAACCAAUUUUUUAUUAUGAAUUUAAGAUGACUACGGAAGUUAAAAAUCCUGACGACGUUUUAAAGGGUUUCCAAAUAAACUGGAUCUGUUUGAGAGACGCCGACGGCGGUAAAAUAUUUUGGCAAGGUUCGGACGAUUUAAGUCACUCUGACAUUGAACAUGAAGCUCGAGUACCUAAAACAAUCCUCAAAUGUCGUGCAGUAUCUCGAGAGUUUAAUUUUAGCUCCAAAGAGCAAAUGGAAAAAUUCCGGUUGGAACAAAAAGUAUUAUUUAAAGGGAGAUGUCUUGAAGAAUGGUACUUCGAAUUUGGUUUUGUUAUGUCAGAGUCGACAAAUACAUGGCAAUCUAUUAUGGAGGCCGCACCAGAAUCACAGAUGAUGCCCGCCUCUGUUUUAAACGGGAAUAUCGUUAUAGAAACUAAGUUUUUUGAUGACGAUCGGUUGAUAACUACUUCUAGAGUAAGAGUUUUCUACGUUUAACAUAUCUUGUAUUAUAUUUGAUUAAGUUGUGUAUCGACUAUUAUUUACUUAUCGUAUUUAAGUAUUUUAAUAAAGAUUUUCAUAUCUA